AACUCAACUCAUAGAAGACAUCAGAGAGUGUAUAAUAUACAGAAACCCUGCAAAUGUGAAGGAUGUGACAAGUCCAAUACCCAUCUCUCAAAUUUUAGAAAGCAUGAAUAUAUACAUCCUGGAGAGAAACCCUACAGAUGUGAAGAUUGUGGCAAGUUCUUUAGAUUUAUGUCAGAUCUUAGAGCACAUCAGCGAAUACAUACUGGAGAGAAACCCUUCAGAUGUGAAGAAUAUGGCAAGUCCGUUAGACUUCUGUCAGCUCUUAGGGCUCAUCAGCAAAUACAUACUGGAGAGAAACCCUACAGAUGUGCAGACUGUGGCAAGUCCUUUCAUCAAAUGUCAAAUCUUAAAAGACAUCAGCAAAUACAUAGUGGAGAGAAAUACUGCAAAUGUGAAGAAUGUG